UCCGGACUAGGGAGUAGGGGAAAUUUUAGGGGAAAUUUGAUAUCCUUUAUUAUCCUACAGCUGGACCUAAUGAUGGCUGAAGCAGCAGGAGCUGGCAUUGAAUUUGUAAUUGAGUCUAAUGAUAGUCCUUUAUCUCCUCAGAUUGAACUGAAGUGUCCUAUUUGUUUCGAGCUUCUGAUAGAGGACCCACAGCUGGUGAGCUGCUGUGGGCAUCAUUUCUGUGGUGGUUGUCUGAAGAAACUAAAGAAGAAAGUCUGUCCAUUGUGCAAGGAAAAGUUCCAGAGCAUACCAGACAAGGGCCACAAGAGAUACCUUCAUUCUUUAAAGGUUUACUGCCUCAAAAGGUCUGAGGGCUGUGCUUGGGAAGGAGAACUUAAAAAUCUCAGUAGUCACCUGUCUAAAACUGGUGACUGUCAGUUCUCUAAAGAGCUCUGCUUGCUUGGAUGUGGUGAGCUUGUCUUACGUGCUUUAAUGGAAGACCACAAAAGAAACGAAUGUCUGAAGCGAAUCGUGAAGUGUCACAUAUGCUCAACUUAUACUGGUACUGCACAGGACUUUACCCAGCACAAAUUGAUGUGCCCUGAGUUGGAAAUGACUUGCCCGUUCCCUGGCUGCUCGGUCACUCGGAAGAGGAAAUACCUUAGCAUCCAUGUGUCUAUAUGUCCUUCUAAUGUUGCCAAAUGUGGGAUGGGUGGAGGUUGUACCUGGUCUGGGUGUCCUAGGGAUCUUUCUAAUCAUGUUCUGAAGGAUCAUAGCUUGGCAUCUUCUAGUCUUGAGACUGCCAAAGACAAAGAGUUGAAGACUCUUAAGAAUACUGUGGCUCUUCAAAAAUCUGAAAUUGUGAGGCUUAACGCAAAAGUUGCUGAGCUCAAUUCUAAAGUGAGUAACCAACGGUCUACCCUGUCAUCUCAAUUAAAAACAAUAAAACAGCUCAAGAACGAAAUAGAAGAGUUUGAAGCUGAAGCUGAUUUUAGCGAUUUAGAGCUCAUCCCUCAAGACGUUGUACUUCAAAAUUUUAGAGCGUUGAAAUAUAAAAACGGUACGUUUUCUAGCGGUGUCAUAUAUUUCACAUCUCCCCCGUCUGGCUAUGCCAUGGAGUUAUAUGUCUAUCCAAAUGGUAUUGGUUCAGGAUAUGGGACUCAUGUCUCUAUCUCCUUGCACAUUGUUCCUGGAAGAUUUGAUCAAGAGCUCGAAUGGCCUUAUUCCGGAGAGGCAGUUGAAGUUCGUCUUUUUGACAAGUACAAGAAGAACUGUCAUGGGAAGUGGUUGAAAUUUGAUGCGAAUUCUUCGGCUGCUGCUUCAUCAAGGCCUGAUGCCCAUGGCACUACUGAGCAUGGCUUUGGUUUUGAGCAGUUCAUUAGUUAUGCUCAAGUCGAAAGAUACCUCUUUGAUAACGACUGCCUCUUAUUUGAACUUCAUCCUUACGAAGACUAAAUAAAAAUGACUUGAACUGUGUCAAAAGUGUUAUACAUUAUUCAUUUCUCUUACCAUGUGUAUCAUGUGUACUAUUAUUGUUUGGUCCUUUAGUUAUUACUAUUGCAGUGCCUUUUAUACAA